GCAGGGCACUACAUCGGAGAGAUGUGCCGCUACAUCCUGGCCACGCCGCCGUCUCCCACCGACACGCAGCAUAACGUACGCAUCAUAUACGGGAACGGACUGCGGCCGCAGACUAUAUGUCCCAAUAUGAACCAAAAAACCGCUGAUGACGAUAAAGAAUCUCGUAUUAUAUCCCAGGCAGGGCACUACAUCGGAGAGAUGUGCCGCUACAUCCUGGCCACGCCGCCGUCUCCCACCGACACGCAGCAUAACGUACGCAUCAUAUACGGGAACGGACUGCGGCCGCAGAUUUGGACAGAAUUCUUAAAAAGAUUCAACGUGAAGCAUGUAAUAGAGUUUUACGGGGCUACUGAAGGAAACGCCAAUAUUGCCAACACCGACGGUACCCCUGGAGCGAUCGGCUUUGUGUCCCGGAUCAUCCCAUCAGUAUAUCCCAUCGCCAUCAUCAAAGUGGACCAGGAAACGGGAGAGCCCAUACGCGAUUCUAGAGGUCUAUGUCAGUUAGCUCAGCCAGACGAGCCAGGCGUGUUCAUAGGGAAGAUCUCGCACAACAACCCUUCUAGAGAAUACCUCGGGUAUGUGGACAAAGCCGCCUCGGAGAAGAAGGUCGUUAAAGAUGUGUUUGCGCAUGGAGACCUGGCUUUUAUAUCGGGCGACAUCCUGGUGGCGGACGAGCUGGGCUACCUGUUCUUCCGCGACCGCACGGGCGACACCUUCCGCUGGCGCGGAGAGAACGUCAGCACCACAGAGGUCGAAGCCGCUGUAUCAAGAGUCGCUGAUCAUAGAGACGCGGUUGUCUAUGGAGUGCUGGUGCCAAAUGUGGAAGGUCGCGCGGGCAUGUGUGGUAUCGUCGACGUAGAUGGUUCCUUAGACCUGUCUCAACUGGCGCGUGCGUUGGCCCGCGACCUGCCCGCCUAUGCACGUCCCGUGUUCCUACGGGUCAUGACCAGCGUCGACCUUACGGGUGAGUUUUACAACAACUAGUAAGUUAUCGACAUUGCGUAGCUAACUUACGCG